UGGUAAUGGUAAUGGUAAUGGUAAUGGUAAAUGGUAUAUCCAAUGUGGAUAUGUCCGAGAGAGUUAGUAUACAUAAGGCGGGUGGUAGUGUAGGGGAAGUUUUAUUAAUAUUAGGUACCUUCCUCUCUUUGAUAUCAUCGAUUUCCAUUUCCAUUUCAUUCAUCACCAUCAUGACUACUGCUUCUGCUUCUGCUUCUGCUUCUUUCCUUCUAACCAAAUCUGCAUCAUCCAUAAACAAGAUGAACCACUCUCAUAUCAAGAUCAAUCCACCAAGCUUCCCACUCAAUCUAAAUCCUCGCCGUAGAAUGCAUCUUUCUUCAUCCACAAAGCCUCUUGUUGUUCGAGCUACAUCUAGUGAUGGUGGAAGGCCCAGCCAUGCUAGCGUCUUUGUUGGUGGCUUUAUCUUGGGAGGAUUAAUCGUUGGCACACUCGGCUGUGUGUAUGCACCUCAGAUCAGCAAUGCUAUAUCUGGAACUGACAGGAAGGAGUUAAUGAGAAAACUGCCAAAGUUUAUAUAUGAUGAAGAAAAGGCUUUAGAGAAAACACGGAAAGUACUGGCUAAUAAGAUUGAACAAUUGAACGCUGCUAUAGAUGAAAUUUCUUCUCAGCUUCGAUCAGGGGAGACCCCAAAUGGGGUAGCAGUGAACUCUGAUGAAAUUGAAGCUACCACAUGAGACUGUUACUGUGAUGUUGGCCAUUACAUUGUUCAUUGGAAAUAUCGGUGGUACAAAAUCCAUUUUGAAUUUCUUGUAAUAUCUUGCCAUUUCUUCAUAUAGUAAUAAACAAAGUUGAUGGCAGCCUCUACUAGGUAAAUUUGUCAUUUCGAUUGGAGGUUUCUUGUGCUCUAUUUCUGUCAGUACUUAUUUUUUCUUUUUCUUUUUUUAGUGACAGAAUAUGGAAAUAACUAUUAGUAAACCGUUUCUGGAUUGUAUCGUUUUAAUAAUCAGUGCUAAAUUGCUUAGACAGUAAACAAUAUCACUUUGGAUUCUCCAUAUAGGAUGUUGUCACUUUUACAGCAAACAUGAAAUAGAUGAUAA